CGGUGUGGAUACAAAGGCUGUCGCGACAGAGCCAAGAGGUAAACGUCCUUUGAGGGCUGACUCUGCUCUUCCCCUCCGCAGGUCCCGGGGCUGCCGCGCCGGGGCUCGGCCGUGCAUGGGACUCCCCAGCGUGGCUGCAGCGCCGACGCCAAGAGGAAUGCCGAAACGAAGGGGCUAAUGAGCAGCAGAGAGGGAGGAUCUAUAACUUCCAGAUGGCAACGAGCCCGUAAUCCCUUUGGGAAGAAUUAGGGACUCAUCAGCGCAGCAGAGCCUGGCGAGGGGAGCAAAGCACGACACCUCCAGCUCCGGGAGUGCUGCGAGAGGCCAAAGGGAUCCUGAUGCUGACUGCAGUGGCCGUGCUGCGCUGAGCAGCCUGGCUUUGUCCCGUGGAGCCCAUCCCUGAGCACUGAACUGUCUCUUGUUUUAAUUGAUCGCAUGUUCUCCAAGCAAACCCCAUCCGGGUCCUGCUCCUCCCGACACAGAAAAGGGCUCCUGCCCUUAACAGAAAGACUUCUUCCUUCUGGUUUUUAUGUCCCAUGGGAUUGUAAAGCAUCUUUCUUCUGGAUUUCAUCUCCCAUCAAAGUGUGUUUUGAGGAAUUAGGGGCUUAUUCUCAUGGCUUUAUAAACUGCCAGGAUCAGAGGGUGCCUGCCUUCCACACCACCACCACUCCCACUUGUCUGCGAUGGGGCGAGAGCAGGAGCUGAUCCAGGCCGUGAAGAACGGGGACAUUCCUGGUGUGCAGAAACUGGUGGCCAAGAUCAAGGCAUCCAAGAGCAAGCUGCUGGGGUCUGCCAAGCGCCUCAAUGUGAACUACCAGGAUGCAGACGGGUUCUCAGCACUGCACCACGCAGCCCUGGGCGGCAGCCUGGACCUCAUCUCCCUGCUGCUGGAGGCGCAGGCCACCGUCGACAUCAAGGACAGCAAUGGGAUGCGGCCCCUGCACUACGCAGCCUGGCAGGGGCGCGUGGAGCCCGUGCGGGUGCUGCUGCGAGCCGCUGCCUCCGUCAACAUGGCCUCGCUGGACGGGCAGAUCCCGCUGCACCUCUCGGCACAGUACGGCCACUACGAGGUGUCGGAGAUGCUGCUGCAGCACCAGUCCAACCCCUGCCUCAUCAACAAGGCAAAGAAAACCCCCCUGGACCUGGCCUGCGAGUUCGGGCGGCUGAAGGUGGCCCAGCUGCUGCUGAACAGCCACUUGUGCGUCGCCCUCCUGGAGGGACAGUCCAAGGAUGCCACUGACCCCAACUACACCACCCCCCUGCACUUGGCAGCCAAGAACGGGCACAAGGAGAUCAUCAGGCAGCUGCUGAAGGCCGGGAUCGAGAUCAACAAGCAGACAAAGACGGGCACAGCCCUGCACGAGGCCGCGCUCUACGGCAAGACCGAGGUGGUGCGGCUGCUGCUGGAGGGCGGUGUCGAUGUGAACAUCAGGAACACCUACAACCAGACGGCGCUGGACAUCGUGAACCAGUUCACCACCUCGCACGCCAGCAAGGACAUCAAGCAGCUGCUGAGAGAGGCAUCAGGAAUCCUGAAGGUCCGAGCUUUGAAGGACUUUUGGAACCUCCACGACCCAACCGCUCUCAAUGUCCGGGCAGGAGAUGUCAUCACAGUCCUGGAGCAGCAUCCGGACGGGCGAUGGAAGGGGCACAUCCACGACUCUCAGAAAGGCACCGAUCGGGUCGGGUACUUCCCCCCGUCCAUCGCUGAAGUCAUCAGCAAGAGAACAGGCAUGGUUGUGCCCCGCGUGCCACCCGCACACCAGCGCCAGGGCCCCCCCGCGGCGCUCCCGGCCCCCCCCGGCGGCCUGCAGCACCUCCCCGACGAGGGUCCUCACCAGGCAGCCCCGAGCAUCCCAGCCUAUGGGCACCUCACCCUAACCCGGACGGCCCUGGGCCCUGACAGCUCAGCAGGAGACAGGAACAGCGUGGGCAGCGAGGGCAGCAUCGGCAGCAUCCGCAGCGCCGGCAGCGGCCAGAGCACCGAGGGCACCAACGGGCAGAGCACCAGCAUCCUCAUCGAGAACGCCAGGCCGCUGCCCUCCACCGGUGAUGACCUCCAGCAACACCACUUGGGAUCAGAGCCACGCAAUGGGCAGCUGACCCCCACAGCAGGGACCCAGAGCCACCAGCCCCCAGGCAGCUGCCCCCCUGGAGACAGGGUCUUCUCCCACCAGUUCUUGCGUCCUGAGCAGCUCCUCGAGGGGAAGGAUGCAGAAGCCAUUUACAACUGGCUGAGCGAGUUCCAGCUGGAAUCCUACACCGCCAACUUCCUCAACGCCGGCUACGAUGUCCCCACCAUCAGCCGCAUGACCCCAGAGGAUCUCACCGCCAUCGGCGUCACCAAGCCAGGCCACAGGAAGAAGAUCUCCACCGAGAUCGGGCAGCUCAGCAUCACCGAGUGGCUGCCCAACUACAUCCCGGCUGACCUGAUGGACUGGCUGAGCGCCAUCGGGCUGCCGCAGUACCACAAGAAGCUGGUGAACAAUGGUUACGACUCCAUCACCAUCGUCACGGACCUGACGUGGGAGGAUCUGCAGGAGAUCGGCAUCAACAAGCUGGGCCACCAGAAGAAGAUCAUGCUGGCCGUCAAGAAGCUCCGAGACCUGCGCAAAAGCCUCAACCAAGCAGAAGCGACCCUGGCAAGGCGCAAAGUGCCCGGUGCCCUGGACAUCGUCACCAUCGAGUCACUGGAGAACGGCGAGUGCCAGUCCCCGCACACCCCCAAAAUGACGACGUUCCAGGACAGCGAGCUGAGCUACGAGCUGCAGACAGCCAUGUCCAACAGCUGCCACGACACCCUCGGCAUCAAGAGCAGCCAGGGCAUGUCCCGGAGCCAGGAGAGCAUCGGGGUGCGCUCGCGGGGCUCGGGGCACUCUCAGGACCAUGUCCUGUCCCGGCACCUCUCCAGCCCCUCGCAGGAGAGCCUGGGCAGCGGUGAGAGCAGCAGCAGCGGCAGCGGGCAGUCCUGCGCACCCCCCCGCAGCAAGGAGAGCCCGGCCAGUCCUGAGCCCUAUGGGAAGCUCGUCCCCCCCGAGGGGCUCAAUGGCUUUGCCAAUGGUGGCGGGGGCAGCCCGCUCAAGGAGAGGAACCUGCCCGAGGGCACGGAGCAGUUCUCCCGGCCGGCGGCUCAGAAAGGCACCGGGACACCGGCGGUCACCCCGUGUACUCCUCCCCAGACACCCAGCAAGGCGGCAGCCCCAUAUGUCUUCAUGUACCCACACGUCUCAUUGAAGUCCCCAGCGGUCCCUUCCCUCCUUGGAGCGGAGCAGCCCAAGACCCUGGUGCAUCCCUUCUCCUCGGGACAGAAGAGCAGCCUGCAGACAUCAGCCCAAAAAGCCUUCUCCUACCUGCACACCCAGUGUGGCCCCACGGAGCCGCCCUCCACGUGUCCCACCAUAGGGGCAGCCCCCGGGGCUUGGCCGCACGGGGAGCAGCACAACGGGGGCGAAGGCUUCAAGCACAAGAAGCGCUCGCAGAGCCUGAACCGCUACGCGCUGUCGGACGGGGAGCACGAGGAGGAGGACGGGGCUCCCAGCAGCACGCUGGGCUCCUACGCCACCCUGACGCGGCGGCCGGGGCGCAGCCAGAUGCCCCGUUCCUAUGCGCAGGCAGAGAGCAAGGUGACCCGGAGCCAGUCCUUCGCCAUCCGGGCCAAGCGCAAGGGUCCCCCCCCGCCGCCUCCCAAGCGCCUCAGCUCCGUGUCCAGCGCCCUCGCAGACAGCGAGCAGCCCCCCGAGCCCACGGCCCCCCAGGAUGUGCCUGAUGCGGGGGACAGCGGCCGCAGCAGGACAGUGAAGAGCCUGGCGGCUGCGCUGGAGGGGACACCAAGUCCACCCAAGCCCCUCCUGGCCCCGAAGCCGCUGCAUGUGGCUCCGGACUGCGUCCCCAGGGGGGAUGUGGAUGGUGAGUCCCAUAACGGCGGUGACAGCAGCAGCACCGUGCUUUCCGAUGCUGGCAGGGACCCCUUUGAGAGCAGCAAGCCACGGAGACGGACAUUCAGCGAGCCCAGCGCUCCCAUGACGGAGGUGGUCGCACAGGGAGGGCGGGAGGACGCCUGCUCGGAUACAGAGGAGGAGGCCAAGCCAGAGGUGUCCUCCUCAUCCUCCCAGAACAGCUCCAGCGAGUGCAUCCCCUUUGCAGAGGAAGGCAACUUGACCAUCAAACAGCGGCCAAAGCCCACCGGGCACCCCAAGGCUGAUGCAGCCGUGCUGGACACAGAGCCCGGCUCCCAGCCGGCCGAGUCCCCCUGCUCCGCUGGGAAGGAGCCGGUGGUGGCCCCCGCUGUCACCAAGGAGCCGCCGGUGCUGGAGUUCAACCUCACCGAGUCGGACACGGUGAAGCGCCGGCCCCGGUUCCGGGAGCGGGAGCCGCUGCAGGCGGUGCUGAAGGCAUUCAGUAUGGCCGGGCAGGCCGAGGCACCCGCCAGCCCCAGUGUGCCCCAGUAUGCCCAGGCACAGGCAGUGAGCAUCGCCGGUCCCACCGCGCCGGCACCGCGGGCUGGGCUGGCUGGGGAUGCGUUUGAUGAUGACAGCGUGGAGUUCAGGAUUGCUGAGAUAGAGAAAAGCAUCUUGUCUCUGGAGAAGGGGAUCAAGAAGGCACCGAGCCCCACCAAAGCCUCCAGCCCCAUGGAGCUGCUCGGCACUGCUGUGGUGAGGACGCCUGCUUCAGACGUCCCUGCCAAGCACACCUCGGUAGCAUCCACCAAGCUCGUGUUCUCCGGGCCCAAGACCAUCUACCAGCAGGUCCUGCAGCCCUCCCGCCACGCCGUGGCUCCUUGGGUGGGCACUGAGGCAGUGCCGGAUGUGAUCGGGUCCCUGGCCGGUGCCGGGGCGCUGGAGGCAGGCAGCAAAGUGUCGGUGAAGCCAUCGGCAUCAGCCCCGGGGCAGCUGGCGCAGCAGCGGCUGGAGCAGACCAACUGCACCCUGGCUGCUGCGCUGCAGGCGGCAGAGAAGAAGAUCACAAAGGAGGAGGUGGAGAGCCACCCCGCUGCCGUGCACUCAGCCAAGAACAUCCUGGAAGACAUCAGCAACAUGUUUGAUGACCUGGCCGACCAGCUGGAUGCGAUGCUGGACUGAGGCUCCCUCCUUCCCCUCCCUGCCUCCGCCUGCUCCCUUGUGAAUGGGAAGAGCGGCUCCAGCACUGAGGUGCCUCCAGGCCUCUCCAGCCGCCUCAUCCCCGCUCUUUGCACUGCGCUGGGAACGCUGCUGCCCCUCCUUGCUCGCCCCUGGCUCCGUGUCACACGUGUGCCAGCGCGGCUGCGGGCUCGCUUCCGAGGGGGUCAGGCAUUUCCCACCAGACUGGCAGUGGGAGGAGAGCCCCGGGGGGCUGCACACG